UCAAAACAUAAACGCACCACUCGAGAUCUGACCGCAUAUGCAAUAUUCUAGCCCCGCUACCACCCGGCUCACCACUCGGUCUCUCCGUGCCAGGCAUGGCUUCGAAGGCUGAGAAGAAAGAGAGCCAGAAGAGCAAAGCGGCGGCGGAGGUGGAAGGCGGGCACCAGAAAAACCCUAUCUCCGAGGACGGCGACAGCAAGCAUACGAAGAAGGAGAAAGAGGAGGGGAAGGAAGGGCGGUUCCUUCUUGGCCUGCCGACCUUCCUGGACAUGGGCAACGGGCGGUGGCGAUGCGUUGAGUCGGGGCACGAGAUGGUGGCGAAGGACAAGGACUCCUACGCCCGCUCCAAGGCCUGCCGCCUCGCACUCAUCGACGCCGCCCUCGCCGCCAAGAAACCCCCUCUCAACACCUUCCAACCCCACCCCGCCGCCAAAUCGCAGUUAAUAUGCAAGCUUACAGGGGACACUAUCAACAAAACGGAAGAGCAUAUCUGGAAGCAUAUCACCGGGAAGAGGUUCCUGAAUAAAUUAGAACAAAUGGAAUUUGAUAAUAUGGCUUUAGAAGAGAUGGUGGAGAAAGAGAAGAGAAAAGAGAAGAAAAAAUCCGAAAAACCGUCAAAGUGUAUUGCGGCUGUUGUGAAGAAAAAUAAGAAGAAAGACGUGAGCGAUGAUGUUUCAUUGACCAAAACAACCAUAGAUGACUCAAAAGAACCCGAUUUCUGGAUACCCCCAAUUGGAAGCCGUUGGGAUUUUGAUGAUGGCAGAGAUCGAUGGAAAUCUCGUCCGGGCCCUGAUCAGGAGAUGCAGGAUGCUGGUGACUUAGAUAAUGGGGGACAAAAUGAUGAUUCUGAAUCACAGCUCACCAUCCGGACAAAACGCAUGUCUGUGGCUGUGGGGCCAAGUAGCUUUGCUUCAAGGAAGAAGAAGAUCAAGAAGGUAACCAACUGAUUAUUCUAUGUAUAUUUAUAAAAAGAUGUAGGUGCAUCUUGUCUAUGUCAUCUCGGUAGAAUACAUUCCUGGGUUAAUUGCAUACAGGUUCCUGCAACUAUAGUGAAUUGUAAAUAUAUCUCUGUAAAGUUCAAUUUUCAUAAGUUAUUCCUAUAAAAGUUCUAAUGUUUUCAGAUAUGUUCCUAUCGUUAGAAUCCAUUAGAAAAGUUUAGUUAACCAUAGAUUAAAUACUUUGUCCUGGUUAAGUUUUGACAUUUUUACUCUUAUAUUAUACUGUUAUAACUUCUGAAGGGACAUUUGUGAUGGCAAAAUUGGA